AUGCGCCUGGGCGAGCUCGUCGACGCAGACAGGGUCGCGGUGGGAGAGCUCAAAGAGGUGAAUGAAGGUCGCCACGCACCCCUCCGAGAGGGCGUCUACGCAGAGGUGAAACCGCACCGACUCCUUCUCGCUCUGGCAGAGGACAAUGCCCUCCACUUGCCCCUCCACCGCGGUGGAAGGUCCUCCCUGCACCGCGCUGGCGCUCCUGUCCGGACGGCCGUGGCGCGUUGUGCCGAAGCCGAAGGCAGAGACCGUCAGCGCCUCGCGCUGCUCCCUCGAGAUGAGGGAGCCCCGGCGGCGGGGGAAGCCGGCGGCGGCGGCGGCGGCGGUGGUGGGGGGGCUUGGCGCCUCGGGCGGCUUCAUCGGCGGGAGGAUGAGCUGCCGCUGCGCCUGCGCCCCUGCCUGGGCCUCUGGGGCGCAGAUUGCCAGCGCCAUCUCCUUCCGCUUCGCCAACGCCUCGGCCUCCAUGGCGUCCGCAACGAACUCCACCCCACGUUUCCGCAUGACUACAAACCCAAGCGAAGCGCAAAAAAAAACAAAGUAUAUAUAUAUAUAUAUGUAUGA